AUGAAAUUCAUCUUACUACUAGCUCUGACAUUCGCCAUUAUUUCAACAGAACAAAUUCCAGAAGUUGAUGGAAUAUUACAAUUAAGUCGUAGAAACUUCUAAUAGGCUUUGGAUGAGCAUCCUAGAUUAUUGGUCAAAUUUUAUAUUGAUUCUUGUGGAUACUGCUAAAAAAUGAAGCCUGUAUUCAUUCAAUUGGCUUAAAGAUUGAAGGAAUAUGGAUUUGUAUUAGGAGAAGUCAAUGCUCAAGAAAGUAAAUCAUUGGCAGCUAAACAUGAUGCUAAGGCUUAUCCAACAUUGAAACUGUUUAGAAAUGGAGUCUCAUAUGAUUUUCCAAAUUCUUCUGAUUCUUUGGAAAUUUUAUUUGAAUUUGCUCUAUAACAUGCGUAUGGACCAAUUACAAAAUUAUAUACUUAAGAAGAGAUUGAUUUGUUCUUGAAAAGAUCAAAUAUUGCAGUUCUUAAAUAUGUAAAUGAUUAAGAUGAAUUAUCAAAUGUGAGUUUGGAUCAUAUUUAAGUCAAAUUUGGAAUAGUAGAGAAUAAUGAAUUACGAUAAAAUUACCCUCAUAAAUACACAUUGAUAAAUAAAGAUAUUGAGAAGCCAAUUCAUUAUAAUGGUGACAUUGAUGGGUUAUCAGAAUUCAUUUCAACUAAAGGAUAUCCCCUUGUAUUCUCUUUGAAUGAGGAGGAAUUCAUGAAGGUAGAAAAUGAUAAGAUUCCUUUGGUUGGUAUUGCAGGAUAGAAAAAUGGAGUUCUUCACAAAAGAUUUAAAUACCUUGCUGAAUCAUAUGUUAAUUCAACUAGAUUUGUGAUAAUAGACCCAUCACUAGAGUUAAGUAACAGAAGAUUUGAAUAUUUGAUUAAAUAAAGUCCAGUUGCUGAGAAUACUAUCUAUUACUAUGAUUACGAAACAAAGAAAACAACUACAACAACAUUUAAUGAUAAUUCAGUUGGGGUAUUAAAGAAGGCUGUUGAAUCAUUAAUAGAGGAAGUAACAGCACCAAAAAGAGAAGCAGAGAGACUAGCUAAAUUAAUAAAAGGUGACGGUUAAGUGCAUAAGUUGACAACAGAGAAUUUCAAAGAAUAAGUAUUUGAUAAUCAUAGACACGUAUUUGUUAAAUUCUAUGCUCCAUGGUGUGGCCAUUGUUAAUCAUUGGCACCCACCUUUGAGAAAUUGGCUUAAGAGUUAAAUAGAGAUGAUAUUGUAAUCGCUGAAGUAGAUCACACAGCAAAUCAAUUUGAUGACAUUCCUAUUGAAGGAUAUCCUACUUUAUAUCUAUUCAAAUAAGAAGGUGACACUAAGACAAGAAAAGAGUAUGAGGGAGAUAGGUCAUACUAAGGAAUGAAGUCUUUCUUAGAAAGAAAUUUGGGUAAAGUUGAGAGUGCCGAAAAGCAGUAGCCUUAAUUCAGUGAAAUAAAGAAUGAGGGUACAGUUAUUUAAUUGACAAAUGAAAAUUUUGAUCAUGUAGUUUUGAAUAGCAAACAAGAUGUAUUAGUAAAGUUCUUUGCUCCUUGGUGUGGACAUUGCAAGGCUAUGGCAGAAUCUUACAAAGAACUUGCAUAAAAUUUGAAAGAUAAUUAGAAUGUACUUAUUGCUGAAAUGGAUUGGACUGCUCACUAAACUAGUGCUGUUGAAAUCAAGGGAUUCCCUACAUUGAUAUUCUUUAAGAAAGGACAAGAUAAACCAGAACAAAUAAAGUAUUAAUCAGCAAGAACUGCUGAAGCCUUAGCUAAGUUUAUAGAAGAGAACAGCAGUUUUGUAAAGAAGGAAGAUUUGUGA